AAAUGCUCCAAGAUUUCACCAAUGUCGAUAGUACAGCCACCUGAUCCCUCGUUAUUCGACUUGAGCGCUAUUCUACGAGCUGGGUAGUUCCGCUCCUAGCAUGCUCUCACAGUUGCGGAAUGUGCUCGCAGUCACUGAGCAAUCCGGAGCUGAAUUCUCCAUCCGCCAAAAUUCACGAUCAUGUCGCACACGUCACAAUAUGCGGCCAAAGGCAAAGGACAGUACUCCUCUCCGGAAACUGUCUGGUCAGAAUGGGAGUGGAAUUCGGCAGGAUACUGGGAAUCACGUCGAAUCAAUGCUUCCGGUGCUACGGAGUAUAGAACAGACCCCCCAUUGAACCAGGCUGCUGGGAAUGCUACAACGCCAAGAUCCCCAGGCGUCUUCGACAAUCAGUAUACUCUGGAUUCCGGGUGUAAUCCAAUAUCAACCUCAGAAGAAUCCUAUUCGGGCAUGCAAGCAGCAAUACCUGAUUAUUUGACCUCCAAUAAGUUCACAGAUUCAGGAGAAAGCUAUGUUGCGCCGCAUGCAGCCAUAGACUAUACGAAUUGGAGCACGCCCGCAGACCAAGGAGGAUACGUGCAGAAUUUAUCGAACACAUACGGGCAAAGUCAAACAGGGGGCCACUAUCCGCUGGCUAGCAGCAAUUAUCCUUCGUCAGCGUACUACGAUUCACCGGCAAAUUCUACGGCAAAUCAUAAUGCCCACCUCUCUUAUUCAGGCCCUCAAGAACAAGAUUACUUGGAUGCCACGUCUGCCUUCUCUGGAUUGUCCUUGACAGAUCCAAAGCCAAAUGAUUCACAUCCAAAGAUAAUUCAUCGAGAGCCAGGCAGUAAAGAUUACGAAAUCCUUGACCCAAGAUAUCGUGUUGUUCCAUCGAAAGACUCAAAGUGGUUCUGGAGAUUUGGCAGGGUCUUUAUGAUGCUAUGGACUGAACCCGGUGGCCAUCAAGUCUCACCUGGCGGCGGAACUCGAAACGGUUCUCAUAUUAGUACAACAUGGCUGAAUGAGAGUGAAUACUCCGAGAUCAGAAGAUUUGUAAUCAUCCAAGAGGAUCAUGAUUGUGUUCUAUGUUUGCCGGUUCAGACCUACUCCGAGCAAGCCACCCUCGACCCAAACCUUCCUAAUCGACAGCAGCAUGCCAUCAUAUAUACAAGCAGGCAUUGCCCGGAAGAAGUGUCGGAAGUAACAGGGGUUGGCCAAGUACAUUAUGAAGAUCUCACGAAGGACCCAAUCCGUGUCAUCUCGGAACAAAAAGGGCCAGAAGGAACCUUGUCUCCCUUAUCGAGAAUCAAUUACAACAAAAUAUACUCCGUUGACAUGGAUGUCCGAGUGCUGAAUAUUGGCAUGGUCUCCAAAGAAUCCCUUCCUUCGCUUCAAGCAAACUCUCCUUUGAAGCGGAAAUGGAAUUCCCAGACUUCGAGACGGGGACGCUCUGAUUAUCAUCGUCGCAAGGGCAACUCCAGGGCCAAGGAAAAGAGCCCGUCCAGGAGACGUUAUGAAAUGGAUAUGGACUACCCAAUUACAACGGCGAAGGAGUCGGACCCUGAGCCAAUGUUCUAUCGCGAGUCAAAUGUGGGGAUUGGAAGCUCUUCUGGAAAGCUGAAUGACCAUAUGGAUACAGGUCAAAGAUCGACACGUCUCGUUAGUUCAUUGGCAGGCUACCAGGUCAUAGGAUUCCCCUCACGCUUCUUUAAGAAAGGGCGAGUCUUCAAAGCGCUCUGGACAGAACCCGCUGGAGACGUCACCAAUAGUGAGGAUGCAUUUGUGAUUCCAUCAAGAUAUGGGGAGAACGCAUUCACAAAAAUCCGUCACUUUGUUGUUGCACGAGAAAAGCAAGGCUGUUGCCUAUGCCUCAUGCUCAACACAUAUCACCGACAAGGUGCCUCCAAAGACGGGAUCAAGGCCGAAAACUACGCUGCAGUGUAUCCCCUCGGCGGAGAACCAGAAGUUGGACCAAACGAGAACUUGACGAAAGAGCCAUUCCCCAUUAAGGUCGAGGAAGCUGGAGAAUCUAUCGACCCCACAUCGCGGAUUGACUUUGGGAGAGUGUACACGGUUGAGCACAAUAUCAAGGUCCUCAAAGUUGGCCGAAUUCCAAACGACUUUCUGCCACAACUUGAGGAAUAUUUUGUGAAUAGCAUUGUCGGCCCUUGAGCGAUGGGAGCAAAACUCUUAGGCUGAGCAUUUUAUGUGGAUCAUGGCCGAUGUAGAAGGGAGACGGAGGCAACGGUGAAACGGGAAAUGAACGGAGCAACAUGAACUUUUCCUUGUAUUCUUGGCAGGAGUUGGACCCAAAUUUAGAGGAGCAUUUGCACGGAAGGCUAGAAGGAGUUCACUUUCAGGAAGUCUGUGGACGUCCAGUCCUUUCGCAUUAGGGACAAACAUGGAGUUUAGUAAAGUGGAGCAUUAUACCCUUUUUGUAGCAUUUACAAAUUCUUCAUUUCGCAGUAUUAUGUCGUUUCUCACAAAACAGUUCAAAAAUUCUUACAACGGCUUUUUUCCC